AUGGCAACACGGAAGAAUCAAAUCGGGAAAGAGCCGAUCUCAUCACGGGUUUAUUGUGAUGACGAUGAUGAUAGUGAUACUAGUGAUACUGAAGAUACUAGAAAGCGUAAGGUUCGUGCACGUUAUCUGACCAUGAGUCGUCGGAAGAAAAAAGAGGAAAAAGAGAAAAAGAAGCGAAUGAAAAUGACUCAGGUCAAUAUGGGUGGUGUACCGUUUCAGACUCGGUCUAGUCAGCCGAUUUAUGUACCCGAGUAUUCUCAGGACGACCUGGAAGAGGAGGAUGAGGAUGAGGAGGAUGAGGAGAAUGAGUUUGAUGAGGAUGAUGUGCAGGACAGUGUUAGGAUGGGUGCGCAUCAUAGAGAUACGCCUAUGUACAAUCUUAGUAAUUACCCUCCUCCCCGAUACUCCAGUUGUCCCCGGCCUGGUCCUGGCGGUUUACCCUCUCCCCCUACCCCUAUCCCUUCUCCUAUGAGUGUCGGCCUCGUCCCUCCCGCCCCGCUCAGGCAUCUCCCUCCUACAUUGAUCCCGGAGGGCGAGUUACCCGUGGGGAUUAGGGAGCGUCUCGACCGUUUCACCGAGUUAGAGGUAAAGUGGGAGCCAUUUGGACCUGGCCAACAAGGAAUAGUUCCGAGGACUAUCUACAGUGGGUGGAUAAUGUAUAGGAACUUGCAGGAGCCAUACAUGCCGGACAGAUGUAUACGUCAGAUUGGCUACGUACAGAGUAUUCCUCGUUCGCCCAUGUCCCCUGAUGAUGCAUUCCGAGAACCCAGGACUACCCAAUACUUUGUAGAGCAUUCUGCUGUUGACACACUCAGUACUUGGAGGAGAUUCCCGGAGUCAGCACACCUGUCUCCUGAUUGCAAUCUGUCAUGA